UGACGCUUUAUGGCUGUUUUUAAGGUGCAAAGGAAAAUGAGAAGCACUAAGUAUUAGAUUAGAUGGCAAAUUGAUAUCUCGGAUUAUUCCAAUCAAUACUUCAAUUUGAGGUCACCUAUUAGAGGGGUUUCUUCUUGUCCUUGUUAAUCUUGACUGAAUUUUCAGUUCAACUGCCAUUUAAUUAUCACUAAUUUUUUUUUUUUUCUAAAACAAUAAGGUGGGGGUGGACCCAUUGAGAUGGCGUGAUCAUGUAUGUACAGGGAAAAUUGUGAAUAAGAUUACCCAGUACUAAUAAUAUCACCAAGUGGUGUGAGUGUGGGAUUUGCAAGAAGGGGGUUUUGGGUACAAGACUCGACAAGCCAAUCUCAAUAUCAAACUUUUGACUUAUUUUGUGCAGUGGUUGUGGGGUUUAUAUAUGUUUGAGUAAUUGGUGAUAAUUUUAUGUGAAAAUGGUAGGUGAAAUGACCAGCUUAGAGACUGCAAAUGCAGAAGAUGUUUGCUUAGAACUUCCUGCCCCUUCUGGUUGGAAGAAGAAGGCAAGGUUUUACUGCAUACUUGAGUGUAAGCAUUCAUGUGGAGAAAUGAUUUUUCUGUUUGGCAUGCCUUCUAUUUCAAAGAGUAUAUACAACGGUUUCUUAGGUUCCUCCUAUGUAGAAGUAGAUGUUGAAGUAAAGUUUCAUAUAAUGUCUUCUGAAAAACAUUUGAUUUGGACUGGCUGUUGUUGACAUAGCAUCUAGAGAUGUAAACGGAUUUGCUGAUCUUCAAGUUAGCUGCUUGACUAGAAUUUUUGUCCCAAGGACAUCCCAAAGAUAUUGCCUGAUUGCCUUGGGCAUAUUGCCUCCUUUCCUUUUCAUUGCUUAGAAUAGUAAAGCUAUCAAGGGCAUUAUGAACUUCUCAGUUUCUCAUUUUGUGUAAUUUCUAUUGAGUGUAUUGAAUAAAGUUUAUGACACGUAUAUUUCUGAAUGUUGAUAUUUAUUUGGCAUAACCUUAAUUUCUGGUUUAAAAGUCCGUUAUCACUACUAACACUAGUCAGUUGAGUCAGUAUAGCCUCAAGGUUUAUGUACAUUUGCAGUUCAUGCCCAAGAAAGUUGGGACCCCGAAGAAGAGUGAGAUUGUAUUUACAAGCCCAACAGGAGAAAAAAUCAGUAAUAAAAGACAAUUGGAACAAUACCUGAAAGCACAUCCUAGUGGUCCAGCAUCUUCAGAGUUUGACUGGGGCACCGGGGAGACCCUGAGAAGAUCAACAAGAAUUAGUGAAAAGGUCAAGGCAUCAAAGCCAGUAGAAAGUGAAUCCCCAAGGAAACGUAGUAAAAAAUCAUCAGCUUCAAAGAAGGAGAGCAAAGAGAUAGAAAAUGCCCCUGAAAGAAAUGAGGAAAUUGAUGAAGUUCAUAUGAAAGAGGCUGAAAAGAUUGAGAAUGAUGAUGCCGUGUUAGAAGAGGAAAAGGAUGUUGUGAAGGAGAGCCAAGCUGAGAAUAAAGAUGAACAUGAUCUGGAUGGAGCUCCUCCUAAUGGAGCCAAAGUUGAAGAGGAUGUUGAUAUGUCUAAUGUUGAAGUAUCCAAGAAAAUUGAUGGUGCAGAACCUGGAAACUUAGUAGGGGCUCAGAAUGGUAGUCAAGCUGACGUUACUGGAGUACCUGAGGAUAACAUAGAAAUGGAGAAUGCUAAAGAUCAAGAAAAGUUUAGUAAACCUCCUGUUGAAACACAGAACGAGCUUGGAUCUGGAGAACAUGACAAAGCAAAUUUAGCAGCAGUAGGAGAGGGAAAACAGAAAACUGAUGGCAGUGCUCCUGAAGCUGAAGGAGAACACAAGGAGAAGGAUGCUUCAAAUAUUGAUGAUGGGGGACUGAAUAAUUCUGGUUUCAAUGAGAUUAGCAAGAAGGUGGAAGGAGAAGUGACUAAGAAUGGCACCCAUGACACUGAUGCAGGCAAAAUCAAGCCUGAAGUCACUGCUUAAAUGGAUUAACUUGAUGCAAACUUCCCAUUCAUCUCUUUCUGACUCUUUUAGCUGAUGAAAAUUUUAUCCUGUACAGCUGUUGUUUAUAGAUAUCUGAUUGUCCAACAAGAUGUGCCAUCUAUACAAUCAUAGGUAAGAGUAUAACAUGUCGAGCGUCCAUUCUACUUGUGGUGUUACUAAUACUGUAUCGUUAAGUACUGCUAAUUUGAUGUUUUUUAUGCAGUAAUGUAAUAAUAAUUUUGAGCUUUAUGAAUGCAGUAUUAUCAGUGCCCGUUCACUGGGUUUUGGAUUUACA